AUGAAGCGUGGGCCGGCAGAAGAACUCCUCUUAUUGGAGAACUCAUUGGCUGGGAUCUGCUCAGGCUACAAGGAAGUCCCAGACUCGGGUAGAGAGAGAGAGAGAGAGAGAAACACCAUGGAGAAAGUUUAUACUAUCUGGAAGCAUACAUUUUGGCCUGGAGAUGGUGAUGACUUUCACUACAAAGUCACCUCGAGGAGCCAAAAGUUCACAUCGUUCUGGAGUCCCAAAGCACCCAUAGAGUUAAGGCCACUGACCGUGGUGCUGCAUGGCCCUGCGGGCAUUGGGAAGACCACACUGGCCAAGAAGUGGAUGCUCGAGUGGAGACAGGACAAGCUCCCCAAUACACUCAAGUUAACCUUCUAUCUCAGCUGUAAGGAGAUGAACCGCCAGGGCACCUGCACUUUUGCAGAGCUGGUAUCUAAGACCAGGGUAGACAUGCAGGAAGCCGAGAUCCCAGACCAAGCCCAGAACAUCUUGUUUGUCAUUGAUGGCUUUGAUGAGCUCAGGGUCCCCUCAGAGUCACUCAUCCAUGACAUUUGUUGUGACUGGAAGAAGCAGAAGCCAGUGCCCAUCCUGCUGGCCAGUUUGCUGAAGAGGAAACUGCUCCCCAAGGCCACGUUGCUGGUUACCACACGCCCCAGGGCCCUGAGAGACCUCCGGCUCCUGACUGAGCAACCUGUAUUCAUAGAGGUGGAGGGGCUCUCGGAGGAGGGCAGGAGGAACUACUUCCUGAAGCACUUUGCGGAUGAGGACCAAGCCCUGCAAGCUUUCGAGGCCAUGAGUAGCAACCCGGCUUUGUUCCACAUGGGCUGCAUGCCUGCUGUGUGCUGGGUCACCUGCACCUGCCUGAGCCAGCAGAUGGAGCAGGAACAAGACCUAGACCUGACCUGCCAAACCACCACCUCACUCUUCCUGCGUUUCCUGUGUGGCCAGUUCACAUCCACCUCUGCCAGCUGCCCCCAAGGGCCCCUGCAAGCUGCACUGAGGUCAGCGUGUCUUCUGGCUGCUGAGGGCCUCUGGGAGCAGACGUCCGUGCUGGAUAGAGAAGAUCUCAGGAGUCUGGGGCUCAAGGAGUCUGACCUCCGGCCUUUCCUGGACAAAAACAUCAUCCAGGAGAACCUAGACUGUGAAGGCUACUACACCUUUAUCCACCUCAGUGUCCAGCAGCUUCUGGCUGCUGUGUUCUACAUUCUGGACAGUGAGAAGCAGAACUAUGGGGGCAGCCGCAGGCCAAACAUAGGGAAUCUGCAGAUGCUGCUCUCCAAGGAAGAAAGACUGAAGAACCCCAACCUGACUCAUGUGGGCUACUUCUUAUUUGGCCUCUCCAAUGAGCAGAGAUCCAGGGAGCUGGAGAUGACCUUUGGCUGCCCAGUGUCCUUGUGGGUCAAGCAGGAGUUACUGAGGUCAUUGUCUGGUGAAUUACGGAGGUCAUCGUCUGGUGAGAGUGAACCCUUCUCCUCGACCACGGAUGUGAAGGAGGUGCUCUACUGUCUCUAUGAAUCUCAGGAUGAGCUGUUCGUGAAGGAGGCCAUGGCUCAUGUCAGGGAAAUGUCCCUGCAUUUGCAAAGCAAAGUGGACCUUGUGCACUCAGCAUUCUGUCUCCAGCAUUGUCAGUACGUGCAGAAGUUUUCGCUGCAGGUGGAGAGGUGGAUAUUCCUGGAGGAUGAGAGAAUCUUGGAAUCAGAAACCUGGGAGGAGAGGUAUGAGCACGAUGACCAUAUUCUUGUUUUCUGGAUGGAUCUCUGCUCUGUGUUCAGUUCCAGUGAGAACUUGAGCUCUCUGGAUGUGAGUCAAAGCUUCCUGAGUUCCUCCUCUGUGAGGAUUCUUUGUGACCAGAUAACCCGUGCCGCCUGUCAUCUCCAGAAGGUGGUGAUUAAGAACAUCUGCCCUGUGGAUGCAUAUCGGGACUUCUGUCUGGCUUUCGUUGGUAAGAAGACCUUGACCCACUUGACCCUGGAAGGUGGUGCCCACAGCAAUACGAUGCUGCUCCUGCUGUUGUGUGAGGUCCUGAAGCACAAGACAUGCAACCUGCAGUAUCUCAGGUUGGGGUCUUGUUCUGACAUCCUUCCACAGUGGGAUGAGUUCUCCUUGGCCCUAAUAAUCAACCAGUCCCUGCAGUUUCUGGACCUCACCGCCAGUGAGCUCUGGGAUAAGGGUGUCACGCUGCUGUGUGCGACGCUGAAACACCCGAAGUGUUUCCUGCAGAGGUUGUCGUUGGAAAACUGUCACCUGACGGGAGCCUGCUGCAAGGAGCUCUCUUCUGCUUUGAUUGUCAACCAAACGCUGACACACCUGUGCUUGGCCAACAAUGACCUUGGGAAUGGUGGAGUGCAGCUGCUGUGUGAGGGCUUGAGUUACCCUGACUGUCAACUACAGAUCCUGGUGUUGUAUAAGUGCAACAUAACCAGACGUGGCUGCAAAUAUAUUGCAACAGUUCUCCAAGGAGACUCCUGCUUGACGUACUUGGACCUGGGUCUCAAUCCCAUAGCUAGAGGAUUGCGGUUUCUCUGUGAGGCUUUGAAGAAGCCAGAUUGCAGCCUAAAAUGCCUGGGGCUCCGUGGCUGUUCCAUCUCGACUCUCUGUUGCCAGGAUCUUGCCUCUGCUCUCCCGAGCAACCAGAGGCUGGAGGUUCUGGACCUGGCCCAGAACACAUUGGGGCGGGAUGGAAUAAUGGUGCUCUUGGAAGCGCUGAAACACAGUCAUGGUCCAUUGAUGAUCCUCAGGCUGAAGAUGGAUGAGCCCAAUGGGGAAAUCCAGAAGCUGCUGCAGGAACUGAAAGACAGCAACCCCGGGCUGACAAUCGAAUAUCAGAAUGCCGGGUUGACCGGACCCCUCCUAUGGUGA